CGACAGAUACAAGAAGAGAGUCGAGGCAAGCAUGAUAGUUAAAUCCCAUCACCUCAUGCCUUGAUCCAAGGGCACGAACAACAAGUUUAACCACUUUCUUUGAACAGUGUCACCUUGCAAUCCAUCUCAAUGACUUCUCAGUCGAGAACCAACGAUGGGCUCGAAAUCCAGCCCACGAACGAGCAGCCCGAGACUCGUCGGGAUGUCGCUGGCAACCCCGAAGAGAUCCCCGAGCCAGUAGUCAAGAAUGGAGUUGUUGUCAGUUCGGCGACCAAACCCGAGGCCAAGAGUGUCUGGCUCGCCUGGCUCUACAUCUUCAAUUGGUACCCAGGACAUUAUAGCAAGGAGGAGAAGCGACUUCUCAGAAAGUUGGAUCGCACCAUUCUGCCACUUAUUUGUUCCAUGUACUUCAUCAAGUGGCUUGACCAGUCCAACAUUAACAACGCCUAUAACUCGGGUAUGAAAGAAGAGCUCAACCUUAAAGGGAUCGAGUACAAUUUGUUCUCUACCUUCUACAACAUCGGUUAUCUCGUCAUGGAAAUCCCCUGCAUGCUGCUCAUUUCCCGUCCAAAAUAUGCUCGUUGGGUUCUGCCUAUCUGCGAAACUCUCUGGUCCAUCAUCACGUUUAUUCAAUGCCGCAACAACAGCGCCCCGAUGAUUUACGGCAUGCGAUUCCUUAUGGGACUUUUCGAGACUCCAGCUGCUACUGGCUCUUUAUACGUUCUUUCCUCUUGGUACCGAUCCGAUGAAGUGUUCAAGCGUGCUGGAGUGUGGUAUGUUUCGAGCAAUAUUGGUGCUAUGUUUGGUGGCUACAUGCAAGCCGCCGCUCAUGCUGGUCUCGAUGGAAAGGGAGGCAUGGCUGGAUGGCGCUGGGUCUUUAUCAUCGAUGGUAUCAUUUCCUUGCCCAUUGCCAUUGCCGGCUUCUUUCUCUAUCCAGGUGUGCCUACCAGCCCUCGUGUCUGGUGGCUCAGUGAAGAAGACCAAAAGCUUGCUCAGGCCCGCAUGCAAGACGAUGGGAUGAGGAAGAGUAAGAAGAUUGGUAAGAAGAUGCUGAAGCGUGUCUUCCGGAAGUGGCACUUUUACAUCGCUGUCUGCACCUAUGUUUGCUUCCAACUGACUACCUGGGUUGCCGGUCAGAUGAUCGUCUGGGUAAAGUCUACCGGCCAAUACUCUGUGGAGAUGAUCAACAUCUUGCCAACUGGAGUUCAAGCACUAGCCAUUGUGGUCGGUAUCACUGUGCCUUCGUUUGUCAUGGUUUAUCCAAUCUGGGUGCCUUUCUGUUUCGCAGGAACUGUCCUCCUGUUCUGUCACUCGACCCUUUUAGUCUGGAAUAUUCCUCUUGGAUUGCAUUUCGCCGCAUAUUUCCUCCUUGGCAUGAGUUCUUGCAUCACCCCCAUGCUUUUCCCAUGGGUACACCUGAUCAUGAAAGACGAUAACGAAGCAAGAAGUUUUACUACUGGUGCCAUGAUGACUGUUGGCUGGGCCUUUUUCACCUGGUACAACGUUGUCGCGUUCCCCAUUACUCAAGGACCUCGUUGGACCAAGGGUUUCUCAGCAAACGUCGCUCUCACCUGCUGUUAUCUGACUCUGUUUAUGGUUGGUCAAUUUCUUUGGAGAAGGGAUAUCAAAGCUGGUCUGUAUAAAAGGGCUAUUGAAGAAGAGGAGAAUGAAGAGGCAGUGAAUGAGAAGCUUGAACCAGACACUUUGGACGACAAGGCUAUGGACCACCAUAUUGGGCAAGCUCACAUUGAGGAUAAGAACGCCGAGGAUGAGAGGAUCAAGGAGAUCAAGUAA